AAACAAUGCUUGGGGACUAUUCUGAGGGUCCCAGCUGUAAAGUGACACUUGUCCACGGCUCCAGACAGGAACACAGCUGGGAGCCCUUACCAGACAACCCAUCCCAAGGGGCACAAAACAAAAAGCCUUUUCAUCUUUCAGAAAACCGGAGAGAGAAACUGAUAUCCUGUCCUCCUGGCUCAUGUCUUCCUCCACAAUUAGCAGGCAGCUCAGUCUUGUUUACUGCUUGCAAGCAUGAAAGGGUUAAGAUGAACCUUGCACAAACUUUGCUGCGAGCUCAGCUCACAGCCUCCCUCCCUCCCUGCUGCCCAGACGCAGCAGCGCUGGAGCGCUACCGAUCCGCUCCAACCGGUGCCGACUGCUGCUGCGGGAGAGGACUUGCUGUUUCCAGCCAAGCAGUGAAGCUCGUGAAGACCAGGCUCCUCACCCUCUUCUCCUAUCGCCUGCGAAGAAAGGGCAUCAGCAGUGAUGCUGUUCAGUUAGACUGACAGUUGACAUCUCAAGAGUGGGAACAAGAACCACCCCAUCAGUGAACCAUGUGAAUUCAAGAGCAGAGGAGAAGAAAACGCACUUGGCACGUUGCUGAAAAGACAAUAUCCUGACUCCAGCAAAUCUUCUCUGCACAAAUCCCACUCUCUGGGAAGAGAAGUUCCUAGAUAAAUCGCCUGCGAGCUUGUGGUCUGAACCAGCUGCUCUAGUGCCUAGUUCCAACAGCCCUGCCUGCUCUGAAAGGAAGCCAACUUUUUGACCGUUCCUAAUGAGAAACUCAAAACUCCAUAUUCUUUAAGCAACUACCAAUAGCCCUGGAUUAGGAGAGAAGCAAAGCAGAAAACAACCUCCCCAGCUCAUACAAGGAUAAACCACCUACUGUGGGAGAAGCUGGCAGAAAGCUGACUCUGGAAAGACCAAACCUGUGCAAACCUUUGCAGCUCAGCUGGAGAGAAGGACCAAAGCUUUUCACCUACCGAAGGAGGUGACCUACCACCAGAAGGACCACUGCAUUUUCAGGACAAAAUAAAAGCCAGAUGGAGGUGUAAAACAGAAGUCUAAUGCUUGUUGUCAUUGUAAUAGCAACUUGCAAAAUGAUUUGUAAAGGCCUGCCUCAUUCAGUUUGCUUAACUGUGUGAACCAGCAGUCUUGAGACCAAGAGCAUGGGGCAUUUCUUGCUGGAGCCAUUGUGCCACGCGUCCUAAGCUUCCUCUCGACCUCCUUUGUGAGCCUGGGGAGGGAAGACAGGAAAUCUGAAGGUAAAUAAGGAAAAUGGACCAAAGCUGACAGAGAGCAAUGACUGAGAUUUAUUUCCAGUUCCGUGGAAACCUGACUGGUCGCAGUCACUUUCCAACUCUGGCUACAGAAGUAGACACAACGGCAGAUAAAUAUUCCGGCCUCUAUGUGUACGUGGGAUUGUUCCUAACACUUCUGGCUAUCCUUCUCAUAUUGCUCUUCUCCGUGCUCUUGCGCCUGAAGCACGUUGUUUCCCCUAUCACCACAUCUCCAGAGAGCACUGAGAACAUCCAGCAGUUCACAGAUGUGGAAAUGCAUAGCAGGAUUCCUACCACUUAGAGACACCAAAGCAACGGGGGCUCUGCGCUUGUGAAACAGCAAAAUGGUGGGAGAAAGAAUCUCUGCUUCCCUAUUGAGCCCUACAACUUGUUGCACAACCAGCAACGGCAGCACAGACUACCUGGACAACGUCACACAGCUCAGACUGACUGGCUGGGAGCCACUGGCCGUGGACACUACAGGCAACAUGUGGGCAACACCCUCAAUAAAAUUUACUUAUAGAAAUCUACUGCUGUCAGGAAAGACUGAUAUCCCCCUAAAAGCCCUUGCAGAAAAUGGUAAAAGCCACAAUAAUGACAGCCAAAAACCCAAAGAGACACGUACUAGACUGUGUCCUGGAGUCUGUAUUUGCUGACCUCUCUCUCUGCCCUUAAAUUCCUUGUUUGUGAAAAGAGUUAAAUGAAAAACGUUAAGUGGUGUAAGCGCAAAGAGCACACAGGGCACGUCCAGAAAUUACUGGUGGUGUGGAAAUUCUCAGGGAUUUCUCCCCUUCAAGAAGGAAAGCCUUGAGCUUCUUUUUUUCCACUUGAAUGGUGGAUUUACACAAUGGAGUUUCAGAAGCAUACAAAUGUUUCAGGACCUGCUGGAACUAUUGGUUUCUGACAUUAAAAACCAUACAGGGAAUAGUUGCAUUCAGGAUAUCAGAAAGAGACAGAACAUUUAAAAGAGGAAAAAAAUAAAGAUAACAUUUAACAAAGGUUUAAAAUAAAAACAAAGCAUCAGCAGGAAAUGAGCAGCAGGAGAGAAAAAAUGUUAAGACACUCUACCUCUCUUCCUUUGCUCUCCAUUACAUGAAUACCAACAUGUCCAUGCAUUUCACCCUUCCCAGUAUCAGUCAGUAAUUAAAAUGCAGUGUAAAGUUUGUGAGUCAAAUGGACAUUGUUCUCCUAAUAGACUCAAAUUCAUACCAUUUCCCCCCAGGUCCGUGUUGGGUUUUCUUUCUCAGAAGACAGAUGGGCUCUGCCAAAGCUUUUUUUGUUUUGCUCCAAGGAAAGCUGAAGAAAUGCCAUGGCCUGGCACCGCGAUAACGGAGACUGUCAACAGCUCUGGACACCGACUAGCAGGCAACAUGCAGAUGGAAAGUAAAUUCACUUAGCACUAUAAAAUAGGACUGGAUUCAAAUAUCCCGGCAGAUCAUUUGGAACAGCAAGGAAAAAAUGUUUACUUAAAUUUACGAAACAACAAUCUCACCCAAUCCUCUUACCUAUGAAUGAUAUAGACUUUGCUUCUGUGGACGGGAAAGACGGAGUAAAAUAUGGCAUAUCACUUCUGGGAGAGCCACUGCCUCUUACAGGAAAACCUUGAGCAAGACUGUUCCAGCUGCAUCUCUAAAGGGCAUGAAUUUUACCCAGCUUAUCUCCAAGACAGCUUAGCGUAACAAUCCCUUGGUGCUUUCCACCUUUAUAUAAUUUGCCAAUUCUCCCCUUUCCAAGGGCUUGCGAAGUGUAAACUCCCCAUACAAAAACAGUGCUAAAAUUAGAGAUGACACUGACUCUGCAGACUUGUGAUAGCAACAAGAAACUGUUUCUCAAAUGCUUUGUGUCCAACAGGUUCUUUAUUUACCUUUAAAGGUGUACAUAUGGGUGAGCUGUUUGGACUUAGGAACAUGGCUUUUACAGCUGAUAGUGUGUGGGGGGGAAGCAGAAUGAAAAGUAACAUCCAUACCAGGAUACGGCUAAUCCAUGGGCAGGACUAAUGCUUUUCUCCCUGAAGUAUUCAGUAUGAAACUAUUUAAAAAUUGCUUCCUUAUAUUGAAUAGCACCUUUAUACUCCAUUAACCUCCACCCCAGCAGGUUUAAUCUCUGAAAUAGCAGGGUGACUGUGUAAGGGUAUAAAGCAAACGAUGCACUCAGCCACAUCUCCCCAUGGCACCCUUGGUGCUUUACCUGGACCAGAAGGCAGGAGGCAGGUUGUCCUCGAGCUUUCUGUCCUGGGGACAGCACACAGACACCACCAGGCAGGGUGGUGGCUUCACAGCCCAUCUGAAGACUGUCUCCUCAAGGACUGCUGCUCUCAGUACUGCACAAAAGCCCAAAUUUGGUGUGACAAUUUAGACAUUAAUCCAAUGAAGACAGAUGGCUACUGAGUUAGUCACUGAUAUUUAAAUUUCACAAAAAUCUAUGCAGAUCAAGUUGGCUUGGUAUGUGUUGCUCAUUCAACCAUCAUGAGGCAGACUAGCCCAGGCUCAACGCCUGGCUUGUCCUGUACAGCCUCUCAAUUUUCUUGAUUCAAAAGCUACAAUUUACAUAGACCAUAAAUGUUCUAACAUACUAAAUCAGCAACUAAACCACAUCAGCCUUCCAGCACAACUCUCUGUGGAAAAGCCUUGUUUCCGAGAAGCUGCAGGAUGGAUUCAAAUAUUGACAUAAAAUACCAGAUCUACUAAUGAAAAAAGACAGUAUCAGAAUCUAAGAUGGGACCCAGAUUCUGAUUGCUCUGAUCUCAGCUGAAAAGCCCCCCAGAGCAGGUGUCAAGACUGUUUCUUCCCUUCAUACUAAAGAACAUUCAGAAAAGUCUCACAACCCUUUACAACUUAUUCAGUAAGUGUACUGUAAAUAGAAGAGCAAUCACUUUAUAUAUAUCAUUACAUUACAUCACAUUGUAUCUUGGGCAGACUGUAUAUUCCUAUAUAAUACUGCUAAGGAAGGCAGCCCUAUCUUCUGACACUAAAAUGACAAGUUUUCCUCUCUAAAGUCUCAUUUCACACAAAGUAUCUAUCCCACUUGAUACAUCUACAGUCCCAGAGGCACCGUGAAUACCUCACCCGUCUGUACAAUGCCAGCAAACAUCAAAGCUUUUCCCAUGGACAAACAGAAGAACGCCUUUUCCCUUUUUUAAUUCUCAUUUGUAAUGUGCAAGACCUGAUGUCCCUGAGAAAAGAGGCUGUUGAGAUGUGUUGACCUGUGUUUACCGGGUGGGCUUUAGUGGACUUUGGCAUCCUUUGGCUAUAAGAACUGGCAACUGGAACUUUUGCAUGGAUUUGCUGAAUCUUGGAGAACUGCAGGUGUCACAUCCAUACCCUUCCCUCCAACAGCCUGUUUCCUUCCCACUCAUCCAUCUGCUACAGAAAAUUAGGGGGGGUUACAAAAAUAAAGAGACAUACCACUAUAAA